AUGGCGACUCUUUUCGUCGUAGCGCUGUUGCUAUCUUGCCUUGGUGGUUUCUAUUUCCUAUGGAAGAAACAAGAAGCCAAGCUAUCUGCUGGUAAUAUGCCACUACCAAAAGGUAGAAGUUUUGGCCCACCAGUCGUUCAGCCGUAUGGGCAGCAGUUUGGUCAGCAGUUCGGUCAGCAGUUCGGUCAGCAAUUCGGUCAGCAAUUCGGUCAGCAAUUCGGUCAGCAACCCGGUGAACAGUAUGGUCAGCAAUAUGGUCAACCACUACCACUCAGUAUGGGAACCGAUCAGUACUACAGUGGGAUUUAUGACCAACAGUACAAUCAAACUUACCAAUUUGAGUAUGCUCCGACAGGUUAUUACUAA